UCAAAUUCAAAGCUCCGAUUCAACCUCUCUUCUCCAAUACCACCAUUAAUCGAAGACCCAAUUGCGUUUCUAGAAGGAACCCUCUGAAACGCUUCAAUCUCACUGUAGCUAAGGCCGAGGGAAGCAUCGAUUCCGCCUCUGCAACCAAACACUCUUCUUCAACCUCCUCUACUGCCCCAUCUCCUCCCUUCAACAAUCAGGACACUGUUUUCGUGGGUCAAAAGGGUGUUCCUUUAGAGGGUGUUAUCCAGUUCGAGAAACCUGCUUUAUCUUCUCCUUGGAAUAAAUGGGGUCGAAUUGCCCUGCUUUCUGGCGGGGAUGUUUUGGCUUUGCUUUUGUUCUCUGCAAUUGGAAGAUUCAAUCAUGGCCUCCCUCUCUAUGACUUGGACACUCUACGGACAGCUGACCCUUUUAUAGCUGGAUGGUUCAUGAGUGCAUACUUUGUUGGUGGUUAUGCUGAGGAUGGCAGAGGGAUGAACGGUUUUUCGAAGGCUGUUCUUGCUGCUGCUAAAUCGUGGGGGCUAGGAAUUCCGGUAAUUUCAACUUCAUUUCCUGUUGAUAAUUCUACUUUUGCAAUUUUUAGCUUUCACAUUGCUUUGCUCUUGAGGUCUUUCUAAAUGGAUGGCUGGGUGAGUAGCUAAGGUGUUGUCCUCUUUACUGUAGAAGCAAUGGCUGCAAUGGAAAACCAAUUGAUCUAGAACAGUACGCUUUUGCAUCAGUUGAGUUGUCAAUAACCACAGUUUUAGGUCUUUCUAUCCUAAGGACUGACUAGCGUAUUUAGCAUAGAAGAUUGUGAUUAAGGGCUUUGUGUACUCUGAAAUUUACUUUUACUCAUUAUCUUGCAAUUAUUUCCAUUCAACUAAACUCAACUUUUAACA